AGUAAAUGUAAUUGGUGUAUCUAAAUCAGCUACGAAGGAGGACUUUUGUUUUUGUUUUCACGGCCGCAAAAUAAAAGCCAGACCUAUAGGUUUGUUUUUUUUAUUCCCUUUUUACCCUUACCAGACAGGUCGCAUAUUUAUUUUAUCGUGUUUUUUUUCAUUAGUUGGCUGUGUUAUUUUAAUUUUUUUCAAAUAUAGUAGAGUAAGUAGAGACAUUUAUCGGUCAUAACGAGACGGACAUGAGUAAAUGUCGUCUUCAUUCUUUGUUUGUGCGAGGAAAGUUUAUAUUAGAGUAUUAUUUUAAAAAUAAAAACACAUCCAUAGUUUUGGAUAGGGUUCUAUUGCAAACGAUUCAGAUUAUCAGUAGUUUCGGUAAUAUCCCUUCAUUGUAGAUGCUUUUUCGAGCUGUUUAAAACGAUACAGGGAAGUAUAAAGAAGAUUUUUUCCGGGAAAAUUGUUUUAUCAGAUAAACAACUAUAUAAGAACGACAGCUGUUCAGACAAAUUCAUUUACAGAUGGAACAUGACACGAGGCAAAUGUUGUAAUAAAAAAUUACGGGUGACACUUAUGGGUGGAACCGGAGUCGGAAAAAGUGUUAUCGCGCGCCGUUUAAUUGGUAAAGAAGAGAUAGAUGUUUGCAAACCAACUAUUUUUGAUUAUUAUGAAGAAAUUGUCGAAAUCGGAGAGGCAAGUGUAUUUUUGGAAAUCAAUGAUACAUCAGGAAAUUUUUGUUUUCCGGCCAUGGACAAAUUAACCAUGGAACAUACAGACAUUAUAGUGAUUGUUUUUUCACUUGAAGAACUUGGUUCGUUUGAACACGCAAUGAAUAUCCUGUGUAAUAGCUGCACAGAACAAACGCUGCCGGUAAUUUUCGUUGGAAAUAAAAAAGACAAAAUUUCUAACCGAAAAUUACCUUGUGAGGAAAACCUAGAAAACUAUAUAAUGUGUCAACUGAAUAAGUCGUACAUCGAAAUGUCAGCUCUUCACGACGACGCCGAAAAAUUAUUACGGAGAAUAUAUGAAGAUUACGAAAUAGCGCAUGGACCUUACCAUGUCCGACAAAAAAAAUCGAUCAUAAAAAAUGUCAAAUCGAGGUUUGCUAGAUCUGUUCAGUCUAUAUUGCAUGGUCACACGAAGAAUUAAUGUUUAAUUAGGUACAUAUAAUGUAAAUUAUGUAAAUGAUAUAUUUUUAUAAUGGUGAUGUAAAUACAUAGCGAAGUGGUUUAUUAAUACAAAGAUAUAUAUUUUUACAACAUAUUUUCUGACAUCACCGCAAUUCUAUAUGCUACAUGUAUGGUAAGUCGCUACAACAAAGAUGCCCACUCGUGCAGAAAAUUUAUAAAUUUAGCAAAAUUAACGUAAGACUAGAAAAAUCCAGCAUAAAUGGUAGAAAAUUUGUUUAAGUUAAGAAAAAAAAGUAUUAGAAUUUUGUAAGUUUUUAUAUAUUUGUCU